CUCACUCCCUUCUCCCCAUGCCAGCAGCCUUCAAGACUUAAACCUCCUCUUUCCCCACCUCUUUCUCUCUUUCUUUUGCUCUGAGAAUUCUUCAAAAUUCCCUUUCUUUUUUUCUUUCUUUCUUUGUGUUCUUUGAUGAUGAACAAUGGAAGAAGUAGGUUGCCAUUCACUGCAAAUCAGUGGCAAGAGCUUGAACACCAAGCUCUUAUUUACAAAUACAUGGUCUCAGGCAUGCCUGUACCUCCUGAUCUUCUCUAUUCUAUCAGAAGAAGCCUGGACUCUUCCCUCUCCUCCAAGCUCCUCCUCCACCAAACUCCUCAACACAUGGGGUGGAGCUGUUUCCAGAUGGGGUUUGGGAAGAAGAUAGACCCAGAGCCAGGGAGGUGUAGGAGAACAGAUGGGAAGAAAUGGAGGUGCUCAAAAGAGGCCUACCCAGAUUCCAAGUACUGUGAGAGACACAUGCAUAGGGGCAGAAACCGUUCAAGAAAGCCUGUGGAAGUAAUACCAACCUCAUCAGCAGCAGCACCCUCUACCCCACCACCCCCUACAGCUAUUCCCUUUUCCUCAAUCAACAAAAACACCCCUACCCCCCCUUCUUUGCUCUACCCCCAUUCAACCCCAUCAAGAUCUCAUCAGGGCAUUGCCCUUUCUUCUCAGGAUCACACUGCCAAUUUCCUCCUAGAUUCUGUUGCUUAUUCUAGAAAUAAUGGGUAUGGGCAUGGAAUGAAGGAUGAAGUGGAUGAGCAUGUGUUUUUCUCAUCAGAGGGUUCUGGGAGUAUAAGAAGUAGUAUAUCUGGCUCAAAUAAUUCAGUAGAUGAUAGUGCUUGGCAGCUGGCUCCACUGACAAUGGCUUCACCACCCUUAGGGCAGUUGAAACAGAGGGAUUAUUGUGGUCCUCAGAAUGGGUACUCUUCUUACUUGCACCUUCAUGAAGCCUCAAGACAGCAAAGACAAGGAGAAGGAGAUGAAGGAGAAGAAGGAGAAGACUAUUAUGGCCUGGGAAGUGGUGGCAGCAAGACAGGUGUGGGCAUGAUGAUCAACCCAGAAGAUCAGCAGCAGCCCAAGAAAGUGAUGCACCAUUUCUUUGAUGAGUGGCCUAAAGAAAACAAAGAUUCAUGGCUUGAUUCUGGGGAUAAAUACUCAGCCCGUGGGCCCCACCUCUCAAUUUCUGUCCCCAAUUCAUCUCAUGACUUCUUCAUCACCCACAAUGAAAAAUGAGAUGUUUGAAUAGUGGCAUUCUGGCCAAAAGAGUACUUAAAAUUGUGGUGGGACAGUGGGUUUACUGAUCAAGCUUUUCAGUAUACAUGUGUAAUGUGGUUUCUGAGACACAACUGUUAUUUCUCUUGCUUUUGUAAUAUAUAGUACUUAUAUCACAAGUUUGUAUGUCUAUCUGGCUGGCCACUGAGCAGUAGUUUCACAUGUAUUUUGGCUUUCCCCUUCUCCUCCUUCUUCUUCUUUUACUUCCCUUACUUCCAUUCCAACAAAUUAUGUUUAUUAUGUUUCAAUGGCUCAUGGCUGGCUCAGUCAUAUGUCUGUGGACUUUGCCACAGGUUUUGGAAGUUUGUUUGUUUGUUUGUUUGUUAAUAGGAUGACAGACAUCUACCUUAGAGCA